CACGCGUUUCUGUGUUGACCAUAAUGAUGUUGAAAAAUAAUCAUUAUUACGCUUGAUGUUGGGCAAGAAUAGACCGGAUACUAAAUAGCUUGGGAAUUUAUUUAGGCCACUUAAAUCAAACGUACUUUCUCGAUGUCGGGACAGAAGUUGCGUAUCUUAGCUUUGCAUGGAUAUCAGCAAGAUGCUGCUAGCUUCCGCUCGAAAUGUGGAGCUUUUCGACAGAAAACCAAAUCUCUUGCUGACUACGUGAUUAUAGAUGCUCCAUUGAUCAUUGAUGGAGACUCUAAGAAACGAGGCUGGCUAUACGAAAAUGUAGAAGCUUCCGCGUCAGAUUCGCCUGAAGAUCCAACAGGCUUGCAAAGCUCGUUAGAUGCUAUAGGUGAUGCUGUCGUGAAAGAGGGCCCAUUUGACGGAAUUUUCGCCUUCUCCCAGGGAGCUUCCUUAGCAUGUCUUCUUCUACAUUUUCUUGAAAAACCUCAUCCCACGUAUAAACUGAACCCUCGGGUCAACUUUAGGUUUAUUGUGUGCGUUUGCGGUGUCGAACCACGAAGUCAUCAAGUUGCCACGCCAAUAGAAAUUCCAAGCCUUCAUCUUAUUGGAAAAACGGAUCAGGUAAUAUCUCCGGAAAGGGCCCGCGCAUUUAGUCGAUUAUUCAAAAAUCCAGAGAUCUUCGAAUAUGAUGGUGGACACCAUGUCCCAGCGUCAGGUGAAACAGGAAAUAUUAUCAGGAAGUUUCUCACGAACUUUUUGACUGCCAAAUAGCUAAUGCAGGCAUAAAGUCACGCACAUGGUCAUAUGUCCAAGCAGAAAUUGCGUAACGACCAUAUGGACCUUUGUGCCGUAUGGUCAUUACGAAGACCCACAAACAGAUAAAAUUAUUUAAACAUUACUGUCUUAGUAGCUGAAGCGCAGAAGAUCAUGCUGGAAAAGCAUCUCUUAAAUGCUGUACUGUAAAAAAACCUAUUCAAUUGCAUCAAUAUCGUUGUGUAUUUUGCAUAGAGCUGUGAUUCUUUUUCUGUGUCCAGGUUGUCUUUUAUAAUUACCUAUGUUUUGGUAAACGCGUAGCUCAGGAAUCUAUUUUUCAUGAAUUGCCGGGCAAUGAGAGGGAUUUAUUUAAAAGUCAAAGGUAACCGAAGUCGAACUCAAAGAGGUUCGUUUGUCGCACAUAGACUAUCUUCUUCGUAAAUUAAUAAACGGAUUAUUAAAAAUAUG